UCAGGGGAUUACACGAGUGUCAGUCCAAGUCACCCAGUUCUUCCAUUCUGCACUGACCGGGUGACAACACGUCUACGCGCGAGGAUAUGGACCUAAUCAUUUAACAAGUCGCUAUUGGAUUUUUAUCGCAUUAUCAGUUUGAUUUGCAGGUGUGCGAUGGGGAACUCGUAUGCAGGCCAGUUGAGGACCACACGUUUUGAGGAGGUGCUUCAUAACUCCAUCGAGGCUUCUCUCCGCUCCAACACUGUGGUGCCACGCCCUGUCUUCUCACAGCUCUACCUGGAGGCAAAACAGCCAACCCUGCACAACGGCCGGGUAGAGAAUGAGGAUGAGGAGGAGGAAGAUGGCUCAGAGUCCAACAGCCCUCCCGUCCCGUACAAGAUGAAGCCCCCACCAGAGGGAUGCUGCACCACGGACGGAUUCUGCCAGGCGGGUAGAGACCUGCGUCUAUCCUCCCUGGUGUCAGAGCCUCAAGACGUGCCCCCAGGAUUCCUGCUGGUAGGGGCCCUGUCUGCAGGCGCACCAGACACCCUGCUGGUGUGUGCAGUCGACCGCAGGUUCCUGCCCGAUGAACGGGGAUGCAACGCACUGCUGGGGUUCUCGGGGAACUGUAUGGGUUGUGGAGAGAAGGGUUUUCGCUACUUCACAGAAUUCUCCAACCACAUCAACCUGAAGUUGAGCACCCAGCCCAAGAAACAGAAGCACUUAAAGUACCAUCUGUACAGGAACAACCAGGGACAGCUGGUCAGAGGGGCUGCUAUCUGCUGGAAUAGCCUCGAGAGCAGAGGGAGACAGACAGCGCCUAACGCCUCUGACGGGCAUGUAACCUCAGACGAUCACUACCCCAACCCAGCAGUCACCGCUCACCCUGCACACACACCCGGGAACUACACAGCCGGCGCCCCUGUAGAACCCAUUGCCCCCCCUCCCCUGGGCAACGGGAGCCACAUCCUCCUAUCCCAGAAUCCUCUGCCCCAGACUGCCAUACUGUCGAAAGGACCGGGGAGACCCACAGUUAUAGGUACACUCAAUACGGGACCACCUAAAAAGAGACACAAAGGCUGGUCCCCUGAGUCUUCUGCUGGGGCUGAGUCUGCUGUGAAGACCCCCCCAUCUUCCUCCUCCUCUUCCUCAUCACUCAACAAUUGGACCAAACCAGACAAUGACUCUCCAGUGAGUCUGUACCAGGGGUCCUCCAACUCCCCCUCUCCUCCCGGGCCGUCUGUCGCAGUGCCUGAUCAGCUGCUACACACCUGCAGACUUCAGCCAGUCAUCUUCAGAGGUCAUGGCAGCCUACCUCGGCUGAGUGGUAAGGUGUCUGAUGUGCAGGUUAGUUCCCUGCUCCAGAGCUGCUAUCAGAACUGCCAGGCCCUGCCCAGGGUCUACCAACACUACGGACCCUCUCCCAUACAGCCCCUGUCUGUAGAGAUGCAGAUACUACUCACUGUAUACUACCUGGUGCAACUAGGCCCAGACCAGGUCCUGCUGAUUGAGGACCUGGAGCAGAUCUUCAUGCGUUCCUGGAGAGAGUCCAACCUCAGUGAGAUCCGCCAGUACCAGCAGCCCCAGCCUGGCCUCUCCCUGCCUGGGCUUCCACUGCCCCAGGCCCAGCCUGGCCUCUCCUUCCCCCAGGCUCCCUACACCCUGCCUGGGCUUCCACUGCCCCAGGCCCAGCCUGGCCUCUCCCUCCCCCAGGCUCCCUACACCCUGCCUGGGCUUCCACUGCCCCAGACCCAGCCUGGCCUCUCCCUCCCCCAGGCUCCCUACACCCUGCCUGGGCUUCCACUGCCCCAGGCCCAGCCUGGCCUCUCCCUCCCCCAGGCUCCCUACACCCUGCCUGGGCUUCCACUGCCCCAGGCCCAGCCUGGCCUCUCCCUCCCCCAGGCUCCCUACACCCUGCCUGGGCUUCCACUGUCCCAGGCCCAGCUCCUCACCCCCUCCCAGCUGCCCUGGCUGGCCAACCUGGCAGCCUCGUCAUGUGGGGAGGGAGUGGUGGUUCUGGGGGAGAAGGCCUCGAUGGCUCUGGGGCUGGCUGACACCUUCAGUAGGCUGAUGGAGGGACAGCUGGCUCAUACCAACUAUGUGGUCAUCAUCUGUACAGCCAAGGGACAGGAGACAGAGUCCUGCAUGGUGGUGACAGGUCAACACCAGUGUCGUGCCCUGACUGAGGGGAUGUUCAGUCCCAGUGAUAGUCUGAGAGAGAUCAGUCAACAGCUGUCCUCUGGCAUGACCCAGGAGCUCACUGCCUUCUGCAACUCUCUGGGACCUGAAGGUGAUGUAGAUGUGUUGCUGGAGAGGGCUGCAGUGGAGAGCAGGAGCCAACUGACCCCCCUGUCCAUCAGUCAGGAGUGUACAGGAGACAGCAGGCCUGUAGACAGACAAACGGACAGAGCUACAGGCCUCCCCAAAGAGCCAGCCAGAGACACACACACAGACAGAGCAGAGAGCCCCAAGGACUCCUGCUCAGAGUACCGUGUGGAGUGGCGGGAGGUACGGCCCAUCCAGUUGGUAGUAGCCAGGAAGCUGCUGUCCCAUGUGUGUGCCAUCGCUGACUCCAGCACUCAGAACCUGGACCUGGGCUCCUUCGACAGGGUCGACUUCCUUAUCUGUGUCCCCCCUUCUGAGGUCACCUUCCAACAGACUGUACUGCAUCUCUGGAACUCAGGUGUCCUACAGAAUCUGGGGUUGGAGCAAGACUGUCUGUCUCAGAGAGAGGCAGAGCGCUAUGUGGUGAAGAUGGACCAGGAGGCCAGGGUGCGCAUUGAUGACCUCAUACAGGAAGCAAACAGGAACCCCAACACACUCUUCAUUCUGGUUCAUGACCACGCUCACUGGGACAUCAGCAGUGGAGGGUAUGGUGCCAGCUGUGGUGACUCCGGCAGUGGGUUGGUGGAUAGCCUGCUCAACUCCUGUCAGAUCAGAGACGCCAACAACAUCCUGACUCUCCACGUCACCUCGUUCCCCUUUGCCCUGCAGACACAACACACACGCAUCAGCCCUUACAACGAGAUACACUGGCCCUCUGCUUUCAAUAAUGAAGUGGAUCUGUACCUUGAGAAGACACAGUACUUUGGUGUGUGUGAGCUGCUAGACUCGACUCGUUCAGGCAGCGGUCUGCCUCUCCUCCGCUAUGACAGCUCCUUCGAAAGCAUGGCCUCUGUCCUGGAGGAGAGGUUCCCCAAGCUACACAGUGCAGUGAUCCGGACCCAGGUUUUAAUACAACACUACUGUGUGGCCAUGAUGGCCGUGUCGGGUCGGUCUGGCUCAGGGGGGCGAAGCCAACAUAAACACACCUCCGUCGAGACGCUGGAGAUCGUCAAGAGCCUGCUUAGCUCCGCCCAGCGAUGCCCCUCCCACCACGGUCACAUGGUGCUGCUACGGCUCCCCUCAUUGGCACUGGCAAGGUGGGCCCACCAACGGCUGGUGCGGAUCAGACAGAGACUGGGGCUGGGGGAGCGCUUUGAGAUCAUCCUGGGAAACCCCAGCCAAACCCUCAGCAUAGGACAGAGCUUCACUGAGCGCAUCAAGACAUGGCUGAAGAUCCAGGAGACAGACUGGGUUCCUCGUACCUACCUGGAGCUAGAGGCCCUGCCCUGCAUCCUCAUCCUCUCUGGGGCAGACCCCCUGGGAGAGUCCCUACCCAGAUCACUGAAGUACUGUGAUCUGCGUGUGAUAAGCUCCUCCUACCUGCAGCGCACGGCAUUGGAGCAGGAGCUAGGAUUGGCGGCCUACCUGGUGAGGGUGGAGUCCCAGGGGUCACAAUCCCACGGCCACGCCCCCGGCCUGGGCAGUGACCUAUCAGAGAGCGACUCAGACAAACUCAACAGCACCGACAACGAGGAGGAGGGGGGAGAGAACACUCUGAAAUCUGACCUCCCUGGCCUUGGUCACACCGCUCCCUCUGUCCCUCACCCUCCCUCAGUUCUCCAGCCCCCCCGAACCUUCCCCGACAGCAUUGCUGCGGACCCCCUCCAUCCCCACACCACCCCCCCAGCCCCUCACCGCCCCCCUAACACCCAGCGUCGGCCCUCCAAGUCCACUUCCUUGGAUUCCUCCUCUCUCCUUCAGGGCUGCUCCUGGGCACGAGGGGUGAGCCGCCCCCCUUCCCUGCUGCUGCCCCGGGGACUCUAUGACAUCAUCAAGGCAUGCGACGGGAGCGGGCUGCCUCGCUGCACCUCCUUCUUACCACACCGGUCUGUGACCUGGGCCAGCUCCUUCAGACCUCUGCUAAGUAAGAUGAUGACGUGUACAGAACAGUCUCUGUAUUACCGCCAGUGGACCAUCCCACGGCCUCACCACAUGGACAGCAGCAACCGCCCUGCAAAGGGGCGCACAGACAACUUCCAUCCCCGCAGACUGCUGCUCAGUGGACCACCACAGGUGGGGAAGACAGGGGCGUACCUCCAGUUUUUGGGCAUCCUGUCUCGUAUGCUGAUCAGACUGAUGGAGGUGGACAUCUAUGAUGAGGAAGAUAUCAACUUCAGUGGUCAGCUGGAGCGUGUCCAGUACCGGCCAACCUGUGCCUCCUGGCCAGUCACAGACACACUGAGGGGCAUGCCGUUUGACUACACCGUCCACCACCCCAAAUAUGAAGACAUCAGCACUGUUUACUGCCCUGACUACUACCCCAACACUGAUGGAAUCCCCAGACGUCAGGAGGACGUGUAUCUGCGGAGGCGUACGGCCAGAAUCAAACUGUCUAAAUACGCAGCCUACAACACCUACCACCACUGUGAACAGUGUCACCAGUACAUGGCUUUCAACCCCGGAUACCAGAUGUAUGAGUCGACCCUGCAUGCCUUCACCUUCUCCCACCUUCUGCUGGGGGAGGAGAUCCAGCUCUACUUCAUCAUCCCCAAGUCUAAACAACACCACUUCAGCUUCAGCCAACCAGGAGGCCAACUAGAGAGCAUGAGACUGCCCCUCGCCUCCGAUUGGAACCCAGACUGUAUCAAGAGUCCCAUCUUCACCCCAACAACAGGUCGUCAUGAGCAUGGCCUGUUCAACCUGUACCACGCCAUGGAUGGGGCGGCCCACCUCCACAUCCUGGUCAUCAAGGAGUAUGAGAUGGCUGUCUAUAAGAAGUACUGGCCCAACCACAUUAUGCUGGUGCUGCCCACCAUCUUCAAUGGAGCCGGGCUCGGUGCGGCCCACUUCCUGAUCAAGGAGCUGUCCUAUAACAACCUGGAGCUGGAACGCAGCCGCAGGGUGGAGGGAGGAGGGCCGCCAGUCGACGUCUGGCCCUUCAUCAUCCUCUCUGACGACUCCUGCGUCAUGUGGAACGCUGUGGAACUGGACUCACACAGUACCUCAGGCCCUGUAGAGAGGAGUGUGUCUCUGAAGCAGCUGCUGCAGCACAUGGAGGCGUGUCCUGACCUCACACAGUUUGGCCUCUGUGGGAUCAGGAAGUGGAGCAGUCACUCCCCAGGUCAGGGUCAGGGGUCAGGGGGAGGAGCUUGUCACAGAGAGCCUUUCUCCAGAGGACACCUCCACGACUUCCUGCUUCUAAACGUGGACCUGACCCAGGGCAUCCAGUUCAACCAGAACAGGUUUACGUGUGAUGAUGUGGACUUCACCCUGCGAGUCCACAGUGCUGGUCUGCUCAUCUGUCGUUUCAACAACUUCAGUGUAAUGAGGAAACAGAUCUCUAUUGGAGGAUACCACACCUUCAUCAUCAAGAACAAGGUGACUGACGUCCCCACCUCGGUCCAGCCGUCUCAGUAUAUCUGUGCCCCGGACAGCAAGCAUCCGUUCCUGGCCACGCCUGCACAGCUACUGCUGGAGAAAUACCUGCAACACUCUAGCCUGUUCCCCCUUAGCACAUGCAACUACACACACCCCAUACUGUCUGUAGACUGCUACCUUAACCUGGGGCCGGAGGUGACGGUGUGUUUUGUGAGUUCCAAACCUCGCUCCAUCAACAUCUGUACUACAGGGCUGCUGUUCAGCGGCCUGCUGCUCUGCUUCUGGGAUUCCUUCGUCACGCCAGGAUUCCUAAAGAACUUUCACUUCCUCAAAGGUAAACGUACACAGACCCAUGCAGGCAGACUACACACAGAGAAGUCAUCACUUCUUCAACGGUAUUCUCUGUUCCCUCCUACAGGGGCGGUUCUGUGUGUGAUAUGUGCUGACCGUAGCUCUCUGAGACAGACAGUGGUGAGGCUGGAGCUCGAGGACGAGUGGAGGUUCCGGCUGAGUGACGAGUUCCAGACAGCCAACGCUAAAGAGGACCGGCCCCUCUUCUUCCUCACAGGGAAACAUAUAUGAACCCCCCUACUCAUAAACCCAUGAAUCUCAACCCGUACCCCUCAUCUUGAACCCUGCUGUAGGUUCAAAACAGAAAGCCAAAAACUGUCUGUACUCUUCUGGUGGAUCAAGCCAAUAACCCAUGCAGAGAGUAGCUGCUAGUGAAUAUAGCUAUGAGUCUGCGACUGGUAUGGCUCUGUUUACUGUAGCAUUGCUGUGGUAUUUACUACAAUACUACAAUACUCCAAUCAGCCCUCCACCUCUCUGUUGGGAUUUGUUACACGUCAUCAUUCCACAGUGCAUGCCACCAUUCUUAUUGUCGUUAAUGAGGUAUCGUUUUUUUUAAGAUAUUUUUUUGUGAUAUACAAUGAUUAAAUAUUUUGCAUAUAUUUUGACAGUUUUGUGUCAUGUAAAAAGUACUUAUCUAUGUAAAAGAAGAUGUUCUCUGUAGUGAUUUCACACCAGUGUUCUUUAAGAGGUGUUACGUGAGGACUCUUAUGUGUAUGUGGCUCUCAUUUCUGACGCUCCGUGUUUGUGGUCUCUUGAUUAUCAAUAUGUUGAGAAACUUGAAUUGAUGUUGUCAUGUUCUAUAGACACAAUGGCCUGUGUACUGUAUGUUUUACAAUGUAUAAAUGUACAU